UGGUCAAGCGGCCCAGCCCAGCCCACCCAAAACCAUCCACAAACCACGAUGCUCAGUCGCAUCGCCGCAAUGCGGCCGCCGCCGCGCGCGGUUGCGGCGGCGCUCGUCGGCGGGGCCGACGCCGGCUACUCCUCCAAGUCCACCUCCCUUCCCCAGAAGCAGCAGCGCGUCCGCGACCACGCCUUCGACGGCAUCAUGGAGGUGCAGAAGCGCGUCCGCCGCUUCCUCGCGCUCCACGCGCUGCUCCUCUACGCCGCCACCCCCACCGCGCCCUCGGGCGCCUUCUCCGCCGGGGGCAGCGGCGCGGUCUCCGUGCCCUUCUCCCGCCUCGGCGCCCUCUCGCGCCGCCAGCUCCGCCUCGCGCCCCUCGACGCCGGCAACUUCAUGCUGCGCCACCCGCACGCCUUCCACCUCUUCCUCCACCCCGUCCACCGCAUCCUCCACGCGCGCCUCACCCCGCGCGCCUCCGCCGCGCUGCGCCUCGAGGCCGACGCCAUCGCCUCCUUGCGCCCCGGCGCCGUCCUCCGCCUCCGCAAGCUGCUCCUCCUCGCGCCCCCGCACCACCGCCUCCGCCUAGAGCACAUCCGUCUCCUCCGCCGCGACUUCGGCCUCCCCGACGACUUCGCCGACUCCAUCAUCCUGUCCAAUCCCGCCCUGUUCCGCCUCACGCCUGACGGGUUCGUCGAGUUUGUGCCCUCCCCUGACGAUCCACCCGACCUCACCGUCGCCGCCGUCGAGCGCUCCCGGGAGCGCCACUACCGCGAGCACCGCGCUCCCGGUGCCGGCGAGGAGGACGCGCGCUUCGCGUUCCCCACCCGCUUUCCGCCGGGCUUUAAGAUUGGCAAGUAUUUCCGCAUUGCAGUUUGGAAGUGGCAGCGCCUCCCCUACGCUUCCCCGUAUGCGGACGUCUCUGGCCACGACCUGCGCUCACUUGAGGCACAACGCCGCAUGGAGAAGCGUGCUGUCGCUGCUGUCCAUGAGCUGCUCUCUCUCACAGUCGACAAGCGUACCACGCUAGAGCGUCUCGCGCUCUUCCGCGACGCCCUUGGUGUGCCAAAGAAGAUUAAAGAGUUCUUGCGUAAGUAUCAGGGGAUAUUCUACAUAUCAACAAGAGGAAACCAGGGGAAGCUGCACACUGUGUUCCUCCGGGAGGCAUACUAUAAAGGGGAGCUUUUAGAUUCCAAUGAGAUACAUGACGCAAGGCGGAAGCUGGAGGAGCUGCUCUUGAUGAGCCGAGAGAAGGCGAAUUUGGAUCGUAUGUUCACCAGCAUGGGUCGUGGAUGGGAUGAGCUUGGUGGUGGUCGUCGUGGAGGAGCAGAAUUGAGGGAGAAGUUUCUUGGGGAUGCAGGUGGCAGAAAGAGGAAAGUUGGUGCUGGCAUUGAUGACGAUGGUGCCGAUAGUGGGGAGGACUCAGGAGUUGAAUCACUCUACAUCGAAUGAGGAACAGAAUCAUACAAUGACACUGAAUGUCAUAUAGUGAAGCCUGAGUUCUGAAUCUGGCAUGGGAACCAUAUUGGAGGAUUGAUUUAUCAUGCUAGCAUCUACACCAUGGUGUAGUGAUCUUGAUCGAUAAGAGAGUGUUAUAUUCUGAGGUGAAAAUUUGAGUGAGAGGUCUUAUCCUAAACUUGCGGACACUAUGAAUUGGGGAAGUUAUCACCCUCAAUGCUGCCAUGCAUCUGCACUAGAAUGGUUGAUGGAAUCUUCAUUUGCUCAGCAUUAUGUGAAGGGACAAAGACACAAGCAAGAGAACUCCUUUCUGCCCCCAAGCUAAUUUGAUCAGUGUCAUUUGACUUGAGGAUCUAUUCAUCUGCAUAUCUGUUGAAGGCUCUGAAGUGCAACUUACAAAUUAUUGCAAAGCCACUAGUUGGCGCAUGAUGUCAUCCACUAUUUGCAGAUUAUAUGUCAACUAUUUACUGCCGCACCGCAGAUGUUUUAAUUUAUUUGAUCCAAGUUCUGAACUGACUUCCUGUCAGCUUGCCACUCGAGAUUGUCAGACCUUCCAAAUAGUAAGUGUUUGAUCCUCUAGUAGUAAUAAUAAUAUUGUCUUGCAUAUAUCACCAGAGAGUGCUUGUCAGUUUUCAUUUGGCCUUCUCGUGCGAUGAUAUUUACUAUGCUUGCAUUUGCUAUGUGCUUGUUAGCCUAGGCACUUUAAUAAGCUGGGGUUCUGUUAGAUUUUUUGACUAAUAUCGUUUAACUAGCUCCCGGUCAUGUUGUUUGUUCCAAGUCUGAAGGGAUAGCUGACCCAAGAAUAGGACCUGCAACCCAUGCAACCAGGAAUUGUAGUAGUUUAGCAUCUUACCUGACCUGCGGCUACAUAAUCCCAAGCAGAUCUAACCUUAGUAUGAGAUUCACCGAGAGGAAGAAUAUUGCUUUUUGGUGAUUAAUUGGUCAUAUGUCAGAUGGUUUUUUUUCUUUCUGUAUAAUCAACCACCCUAUACCAUUAGUUACAUAUGCAAUGAUAAUUCAACUGUAGUUUGUAGCUCAGCCUCCAGGCUUGUCAAAAGGCAGAAAUUGGCUGCUGUAGGAGUGUUUCUGUUGAGUUGCAGUCUAUGACUGGUGAGCAACCAUACCAGCCUAAUCACCUUAACUGAUCUUUCAGGACAUCGCCUCAAGUUGACAUCUACAGUCCUUGGACUAACGAAAAUGAUUGUUUCAUUUUCCUGUUUAGAAAGCGUGCAAAAUAGCAAAUGUGCACAUGUGUAUGGGGCCUUACUGCUCUCCGGUUUCCGUGUCGAUGCAGAAGCAAGAUUGUACAUAUUAAAAGAACAAUCAACAACCAGUAGAAAAGGCACUGUUGAGAAUACGGAACAAUUAUAUACCAUGCCGACUUCUUCUUUCAGUCUAGAACGAAUGAUGAAGGUUCUUGUAGCGCUGUAGUCGGCCUUAUUCGGCUAUGGUAGAUGGAUUAUCUUGUGCUGUCACUGUCGUGCAAGUGCACUAUAUGCUGAGCAGAUGAACGUGCUGAACUUAACUGACCCUGUCUAGGUUCUGUUCCUCUGAAUAUCAGUUAAAGGCUCUGAAAUGCAAUUUACAUAUUAUUGCAGAUCCACUAGUUGGUACUCCCUCCGUCCCAAAAUAAGUGUCUCAACUUUGUACUAACUCUAGUACAAAGUUGUACUAAGGUCGAGACACUUAUUUUGGGACGGAGGAAGUACUCGGUAUCAUCUACAGUUACAAUGUCUGACAUUGUCUGCAAAAGAUGCCGUCGUCUUUUGGUUACUCUGUGCUGCCCUGCAGAUGUUUUAACUUCCUAAAUAAUGGCUGUUCAGUUUUGGAUUUUUUGUAUUGUUGACCAGGUCUACUUUCAAAGUUUUGCACCAGUACCACUGUUUGAGCAUGGAACAGGUCCCGAUUUUAUACAGGUUGAUCCGAGUUCUGAAGUCUGAACCGACUUGCUGUCAGCUUGCCACUUGAGAGUGUCAGCCCUUUCCUCCAAAUAGCAAGUGUUUGAUCCUCUAGUAGUGACAAUAAUAUUGUCUUGCAUGUAUCACCAGAGAGUGCUUUGUCAGCUUUCACUUGGCCUUCUCGUGUGAUGGAGCUUAUUAAUUCUGCUUGUGUUCGCCAUCUACUCUUCUGUCUUUUUUUUCUUUCUGAAAAUCUGUUUGUUUGCUAGUGUUGUUAGAUGCUUUGUAGUUAAUGAUCUGUUUCGCUAUCAUGUACCGAUGGCAGGCAGCAUGGGGUUCAAGUGCACCACAUUGUACAUCAAUCAAGCUCAACCCACAUUUAUGAUGUGAAAGUGCCGCAGAAGACUGAAAUGUACAAGAUGGGUGCUAUCCAACUGACAUACAGAGGUCAGUCUCGACCAGUCCAGAUCCUUGACAAUUAAGCAUUUAUACCAACUUUGCUUUCAGUUCUGGACUCAUUUGCCCUCUAUUUCCCCUUCAGUCCGUUCUGUCUUUACUUCUUUGGGGGAAAGCACUAGAAUUAGCUUCACUUUUAGGUGACUCAAGUUUGUACUAACUUUAGUACAAAGUUAGUAUAAAGUUGGGUCAUCUAUUUUGGAACGGAGGGAGUACGUGCCAAAGUCGUAUAUAUACCCUGUUAUCUAAUUGGUUUCUUCUAAAACAUCAUGCCGUGCCUUGUUGUCUGGAGUUGAGCUAACUGUGCUUCCUGAAUGGUCCACAGCAAGGAGGGGUGUGAUAAUAUGCUUUACACUGCAUAUUUGAUCGAUCUGGACAUAAUCUCAAUGAAUGCUGCCUGCAUUAGCUUGAUUUUCUUGGCCUACAGGUUGGUGGCACUGCAAAAGCACAGUUAGGCAGGUCUGAUUACUAAAGUGUGCUAAUUUGCGGUUAAGGGUGUCGCGUUAGGCAGGUCUGUCUGGUACGAAAGAGAUUAAUUGCCAUUGCUAUCAAGCCUUUCCAAUUAGGUGGGUUGGGUUGAUCCAGGGCCGUGUUUGGUUCAGGCAAAUCCAUCAUUGGAGGCUAUUAAUUGACAUUAGGUGCGUAUCACUAAACCCCCUGACUGUUACAGCUCAUCUCACCUUUGCUGGGUUUUGCCUGUUCAGUUGUGAAAUGAAUGCAAAUUCUCCUGAGGGGCAGGCCUUGAUCUGUGGGAAGGUGAGGGAGGCCAACUCUGUAAUGCUUGCUCCAAGGUCGGUCAGUCAAGGUCUUGAAGAAUCUGACGUCGAAUGCACCGUGCCACGGCUAAAAGGGCGUCAUUGCGGUGCUCGGGAAUCUUUGUUCGAUUCAAGUCUCCUGCAAAUGUCAUCGAUGUUUGGUUCCAGAAGACCGAAGUUGCCGGCGACGGACCGUCCGGUCUGUUGCAUCUUACACCGGACUAUAUCACCGGUUUUUCUCGGAGAAGAAUGGAGACAGGAUAAAACGGACGGUAACGCCGGCUGGUCCCAGGUCUUGAACCUCUUGGUCGAUAGCCGUGAGGAUCAAGGCGUGAGGUGCUUCACCGGACACCGUAUAUUCCAUAGACCCCCUCAAAUAAAACAGAGAGUAUAUUCCAAAGUCUUCCUCGGAAGCCUAGAUGCUGUCUGCUCCAAAGAUCAACUGUCUCGUCUCAGUCGGCUCGUCCUUGUGGCCUAGGUGCUGCAUCAAUAAUGCCUGACCAGUAGCCCCCUGGCUUCUGAUGCAUUCACGAAAGCAGUGGGUGCAACAGCUUUACUGUAAUUGGCAAAAGCACGGAAAAAAGAUCCAGGAAAAGGCAGAUGAAGGUUGUCAUUGAAGUUUCCAUACGUUUUGUGUUUUUGGAGAUAAUUCAUGUUCUUUAUGGACCUGGCCAUUACGUUCAGCUACAUAUAUAAAGGAAAAUUUAAUAAACUAUGCUCAUUACUAUGAGGAA